AUGGAGGUCCGCGUUUUGCAUAGAAGAAGAUCUGAUUACGUCCCUGAUGGGCCAAACAGACGUCCAAUGCCAAUGAGGAAUCCAGAUCCAGCCCUUCACCCAUUUUCAAGGGCUAGAGAGUAUAUGAGAGCACUUAUCGCAACAAAGUUGAGCAAAAUGUUCGCUAAACCACUUAUUUCAGUACUAGAAGGACAUACAGACUCAGUUAAUACAAUGGCAGUCAGCAGAACUCAACUAACUGAUUUGUUUACUGGCUGCUGUAAGGGCGAAGUUCGUAUGUGGAAUUUACUAAAGAAAGAUAAAGGAAAAGUCUUGGGGAAGCAUGAUGGAUUCGUUAAUGGAUUAUGUGUAAAUAAUGAUGGAACUUUAUUGUAUUCUUGUGGGACUGAUAAGUACCUGAAAUGUUGGCGUGUUCCCGACAGAGCUAAUUUGGACCAAAUUGAAGCAGAUUCUGUAGAUAUUCCAGAUUAUGAUUUAAUUACACAAUAUAAAGAUGAUUUAAAGGCAGUCAAUUUGUUUUUAUCUGGGAGUAUUUUGAACGGACUUGACCACCAGUGGUCCAAUAACCUAAUAGGCAAGUCAACUGCUGGAGAUGUUUUGGAUAUUUGGGACGGAAAUCGUAGCCUUCCAGUAAUGAAAUUCGAAUGGGGAUGCCAAUCACUCUAUAGCGUUAAGUUUAAUCCCACAACGGUAAAUUUGAUUGGAUCGACGGGAGCGGAUAACUCGAUAGGGCUAUAUGAUAUAAGGGCCAAUACACCGAUAAGGAAGGUUAUAUUGAGGCUGAGAUCGAACGCGUUAUGUUGGAAUCCGCAGAAUCCAAUCCACUUCACAGUGGCAAACGAGGACUCUAAUUUGUACACAUUUGACCUAAGGAAGCUGCAAAGAGCACUCCUAGUUCAUAAGGACUUUGUAAAUUCAGUGACUGAUGUUGACUAUAGCCCCACUGGCUCUGAGUUUGUGGCAAGUUCGUUUGACAAAUGUGUCCGCCUAUUUACCAUGGAAGGCCGCAGCAGAGACGUGUACUCUAACAGGAGAAUGCAAAAUGUGCUAUGUUGCAGGUUUUCAUUGGAUGGUAAAUUUGUGUGCUCUGGGAGUUCAGAUAUGAGUGUGAGGAUUUGGAAGGCAAAUGCAUCUGAACCAGUCGGUCCUAGGCCUCCAAGAGAGAGAAGAAGCCUUGACUACCGCAACGCACUCAUGGAUAAGUACAAGGCAUUGCCUGAAAUUAAGAGGAUCCAGAGGCAUCACCACGUUCCAGCACUGAUACUGAAGCAGAAAAAAAUACAGCAAGCCAAAUCUGCCGCCAAAAGAAGAAGAGAGAUUAACAGAGCACUUUACUCCAAAGAUGCAACUGUUACCCAAGAAAAAGAAAAACCAAUUCUCAACCAAUUGGACUAA